CCGCUGUGAAGUCGUUACCAAGACGACCAAAAAAUGACAAAACUCCUCGGCUGGUGUGCGCGCAGCAGCAGCAGCAGCAGUGACCAAGAAUCCAAACUUGCAGCGGAAAGUGACAGUGACCGCUUCAUAAAAACACUACACAUUCUCAAGAGUACGAGUUCAACGAGUUUAAAUUCCAAAAACGAAACGGAGGGAGGAACAAAAGUCACCUGCUGCUUCUCAACUGACACUGACUCUAAACAACAACGCGACACGGCGAGCAAAACUGGACAUUAUCGUUGCAGUGGUGAUUGUCAUCACUCAGGAAUAAUCUUCACAGUAUGUUACUGGUUGUUUCUGCAUGAGAAGGCGAGGGAGCUGCUGAAAGAUGAGUAAAAAAUAUGAAUCGACAAACGUGUCUGAGAUGGAGGAACAUAUUUCACAAAAGUAUGAAAUCAAGAGGAGACUUGGAAAGGGGGCCUACGGCAUUGUGUGGAAAGCAGUUGACCGACAGACCGGGGAGAUUGUGGCUGUAAAAAAGAUCUUUGACGCCUUCAGAAACAGAACAGAUGCUCAGCGGACGUUCAGGGAGAUCAUGUUCCUUCAGGAGUUUGGAGAUCACCCCAACAUUGUCAAACUUCUGAAUGUCAUCCGAGCACAGAAUGAUAAAGACAUUUACCUCAUUUUUGAAUAUAUGGACUCAGACCUGCAUGGAGUGAUAAAAAAAGGCACCCUACUGAAGGACGUCCAUAAACGAUAUGUGAUGUACCAGCUCUUCAAAGCCAUCAAAUACAUGCACUCAGGAAACGUUAUCCACAGGGACCAAAAGCCAUCCAACGUGCUGCUGGACACCGACUGUGUCGCCAAGCUGUGCGAUUUCGGCUUGGCCAGAUCACUCAACCAGAUCCAAGAGGACAGCGGGAAUCCUGCGCUCACAGAGUAUGUGGCGACGCGGUGGUACCGGGCUCCUGAGAUCCUGCUGGGCUCCACAAGGUACACCAAAGGAGUAGACAUGUGGAGCCUCGGCUGUAUCCUCGGAGAGAUGCUGCUUGGUAAAGCCUUGUUCCCCGGCACAUCCACCAUCAACCAGAUAGAGAAGAUCAUGAGCGCCAUACCACACCCCAGCCCAGAAGAUAUUCUUGCAAUCAAGUCUGAAUAUGGAUCCUCUGUCAUCCAGAGAAUGCUGCUGAAACCUCAGGUGCCUCUCGAGGAUCUUCUCCAGCCAUCUGUGCCUCCUGACGCACUGGACCUACUGAAGGGUUUGCUAGUCUUCAACCCAGACAAGCGACUUACUGCUGAGCAAGCACUCCAACACCCAUAUGUAGCCAGGUUCCAUAAUCCAGCCAAGGAGCCAUAUCUUCACUAUGAUGUAGUGCUGCCAGUGGAUGAUGAUGUGCAAUUAUCUGUGGUUCAGUACCGCAACAAACUUUAUGAGAUGAUCCUGGAGAGGAGAACGAAUCAGGGAAAGCUUAGACUGAUCCCAGAGAAGGACAAAGACUGCAUCAGCAGCAGGGAGAAGCCCAGUGUGAAGGAUAAAGGAGAGACGGGCCCAAUGACAGAGAAUGACAAUGGUGACAAUGAGGGGAAACCACAGCAUGGAAAGACUGAGGAGAAAAACCAUGUGCCAUUACAGACGAGUGUCACAAAACCUGAGCCUGUGAAUGUGUCCACCCCGUCUGCUGUGGAGAAGACGAGUCCAGUAGUUAGCCCUGCUUUGAGAAAAACUACAUAUAAUCCCAUCACACAUGCCCCAAACGAAUUUGUGAGGAGUCCAGUUGUAUCUCAUUCCUAUUGCCAGUCCACUGCAGCCAGCAGGAAACCUUCAGGACAGACGAGUAAUGGAAAUGCAACAACAUCACCAACAGAGGGCGCCAAUGCCAAUACAUCCAUGGACCAGAUUCUUCAGCGUGGUCGCUCAGCACCCACGGCUCAUAACCGUUCUUUCUCCCUGACCCUAAGCCAGACGCAAAACAACCCGCUUGUACGCAAGGAUGAGCCACCUCUUUCCUCUGGACUACAUGUUACAUCUGCCCGCCUGAACCAGCGGGCCAACCCUCAGGUUCGUGAGGCUCGUCCCCCACAGCGGUUCAGCAAGAAAGUAUUUCAGAGUAACUGUAACGUGGCGGCUGCGGGUGAUCCUCGAGCCAAACUUGGUAGUUAUUCCCAGGCCUAUGGUACAAUCAAUAAGACUGAACUGGACAAUCUCUUGCGAAGUCGUCCUUGCAACCAGUAGCUGCUGUGAUGUCAGUGGUUACACAGGACCCUGGUGGUUACUCAUCUAAACACAACAAUGUUUGUCUUGUGUUAGAAAGAUAACUGAAAAUAAGAAAUAUUGGAAAAAUAAGAAAAUACUAGGGCUAUUAGGUCAAAUAGGUCUGUGUACUGUGAAGAAUAUACCCAUGGAAACAUGGAUGUCCAUUCUCUGUCUGUGACAGUGAAUAAAUAUUUGUACAAUGCACUGUGACUUUCUGUUACGUUUAUAUACCUGCACUAGCACUUCAUUGUAAAUUACUUUUCUAGCUUUUAUGAUUAUCGGUGCAUCUAAGAUCUACAUCCGUAAAAUAAUGCAA